AUGUCCCAUCAACUGCAAACAGCCAUGGACGAUGCUGUCAACGUCUGUCUUUACCAGCAGGCGGUGACGACGGAACUGCCUCCGUCCUUCCGCCGGCGUGACUCCAAAAGCUGUUUCGCACCCUCACCAGCGCCGACCGGCAACCAUGACAUCAUCCACGGGGCAGCUUUAACCUUUCGCCCUGCACUGGGGCCAUUGUCGGCCACCACCCAAGUCCCAUUGUCCAGCGGGGCCAGCAUGGUCGAGGCUCGCGCUCUGUCAGCCUACGCUGCUCGACACGAAAGUGCGAUUGUCGGUGCCGCCCUGGGGAGCGGCGUCGCGGCCAUCGCGGUGUCCGUUUCGCCAAUCGAGCCGUCGUCAGACUUCGAUUCGCCUGCGACGGGCCAGUGGGUUGUGUGGGCGGAUGCAGGGCACGUGCAGUCUCAGUUUGCGUAUAAUCUCGCUGUCGAAACUGGCGUGGGUGUGCUCAUGCGGCCAGCAGAGGCAGCGCCGCCAGAGCUUUGGCUGACCACUGGCACCGUGUUAGCCACAAACUUCCCACCGCCCAUUCCAUCCACUCAACCCCCAUCAACCCCUUCGAACGAGGAAAUCCUACUGUGCCCCUCGGAUACACAGUCUCCCCCGAUGCCUCCAUAUGCCCCAUAUCGUCCAGGAUACUGUGCCCCGCUGCCUGAGCCGUCUCCCGGGCCGCACGAAGACGACACCCAGCCGAAAAACUCUCCAGUCACGAAAACCACGCGAGUCAGGAUAGGCAAUGGCGCCGCCACCGCGUCGCUCGUCAUCCAGCGAGGGCAGCGCACUGAGUUAUUCAUGCGAACCCUGACUGUUCCGCUCACCGCAACACUCGGCCUCACCUGUGGACGGUACGAGCUGGCUGGUGGUUUCGUGACCGUGGCCUCGAAUGGUCUGCCGCACAUCGUUAUGAUGCAGCACGAUCAGUACAGUGUGUCCCGAGGGUAUCCGCCAGCCGCGCCAUUUGUGCUCCGGCCGCACCCUAGCACAACCCUCGCUGUGACAUCGGAGGUCAUUCCGCGCCCAGCCGCCGACGUUAACGGCGACAUCAAUAUCACCGUCACGAUUGCUCCGCGGUGGCUGCUUCGGGACCGGUCCCAGUCCCCGAUUGGCCGCUACAAUAUGCUUGUCGUCGAGGCUACCGAGGACGUGUGGGGCGGGGCCGGGCCGGGCGACUGGGCAGCGGACGCAACGACAGAAACUAGGCUGGACUUGCCGACGUGCAGCGACGGUGCGGCGUCUGGCCCCGGGCCCGGCCCGACUGCCGCAAGCCUCGCGGCGCUGCAAAGCCGUCUGCAGCCUGCGCUGCCGACGUGGUAUACUGUGGCAACGCAGGGCCUCUGGUCACGGUGGUCCUGGAACAAGUCGGUAAUACGGGUUGGCGAGCGCUACCAGAUGCAUGGGCGCAAGGGGUGGAUGGAGGUGAUCGUGGGCGCUGUCGUGUGCUUCCCAGCGGAGGGAGGGCGUGUGGUGUUCAACAAGCUGCAGCUGGAGCGGGGGAUGCGGUUUCGGGAGUAUUGA